CGGUGGAAACCCACUGAAAAAGGGUCUUCCGUUGACUUAACGGUAACAUCAUUUUUCAGAAAGACCAAGCAAAACCCUCCAAUCUUCGAUCUUCGCACAGGAAAACGGUAAAUUUUUCAGCCAAAUUAAUGUCGUCGUCGAUAGUUUACGACGCUUUCCAAUCGAAACGAAUAAAUUUAUUUACAGGAAUAUAGCUCAUCAGAUCGGAUGUGUGGUAGUAAAUAUUAUCAAAAGCUGUUGGUCGGUUUGUAGGGUUGUUUGAGAUUUCUUUUUGAAUUUUGUAAUGAGAAAAGUAUUUGGUGAUAUAAUAUAGAAGAAGUUGAGAAUAUCGUUGUUGUUAUCAAUAUCAUGGGUUGUUUUUGUUCAACUCCUCCAAAGAGCUACAGAAAGUUACCUUCUUUUGAUCCUGUUGCACUUGCUGCCGAAACCCCAUUUACUGAGAAUGAGGUGGAGGCUCUAUACGAGCUAUUCUCGAAACUAAGCAGUUCUGUUGAUGACGAUGGGCUUAUAGGGAAGGAUGAAUUCCACCUAGCAUUAUUCAGGGAUUAUGAUAAACAAAACCUGUUUGCAGAUCGGAUAUUUGAUCUUUUUGACGUGAAUAGGAGUGGGCAUAUUGACUUCAGCGAGUUUGUCCGUUCGUUGGGUGUAUUUCAUCCAAAAGCUCCUCAAGCAGACAAAAUUUUGUAUGCAUUCAGAUUAUAUGAUCUAAGACGCACUGGCUUCAUUGAACGCGAGGAGUUGAAAGAGAUGGUUUCGGCCCUUCUUAAUGAAUCUGAUCUUGAUCUAUCAGAUGAUAUAAUCGAAUCAAUGGUAGAUAAGACAUUUACAGAAGCAGAUACCAAAGGCGAUGGUCGGAUUGACCAAGAGGAAUGGAAAGAAUAUGUAGACAAGAACCCUUCAUUGUUGAAGAACAUGACUCUUCCUCAUUUAAUGGACAUAACCUUGAGGUUUCCAAGCUUUGUGAUGACCAGCCAGGUAGAGGAGUCCCACACAACAGACUAAGACAACAUGAUGAUGUAAAAAUUGUAUGUAAGAAUGAAAGAGGGGUCUUUUUUCAAGAUUUGGUUUAGCACAUGAGGCCUCCUUUUAUUGCUUCCGCUUCCGGUUUACAUAAAAACCUUGGAUUUAUGAUUCUGGAGAAAAUGAUGAUUGUGGAAUGACGAUGGGUAAAAGACUUUUUUUGUAUGUAUGUAGUUAAAGUUUGUUUCUUACCAAUGAACGAAUGGGUAAAAGACUUAUUUAUCCAAAGAAACCAAAUAUAUCCAACAUUAAUGCGAAAAAGCAAACCCAAAGAGAUAUCAAAUAUUUGCAAACGCAACAAACAAUAAACAGACAUUUACAUGGUUC